GUCGGCCGCCGGGCGGAGGUACCGGCUCGGGCUUGGGCUUGGGCUUGGGCUCGGGCUCGGGCUCCCGGCUGCGGGUUUGGCGGCGCGGCCUCGGCAGGCAGCGAGGCCGGGCGGGCCCUGGGCCCCCGCGCCCCUCCCGCCAGGCCUGCGAUGCAGGGCCCCGCCGGGAACGCGAGCCGCGGACUGCCGGGCGGGCCGCCCUCCACAGUCGCGUCCGGGGCGGGCCGCUGCGAGAGCGGCGCGCUGAUGCACAGCUUCGGCAUCUUCCUGCAGGGGCUGCUCGGCGUCGUGGCCUUCAGCACGUUAAUGCUCAAACGCUUCAGAGAACCAAAGCAUGAAAGACGUCCGUGGAGGAUAUGGUUUUUAGAUACUUCCAAACAAGCCAUAGGAAUGCUAUUCAUCCACUUUGCAAAUGUAUACCUAGCAGAUCUCACUGAAGAGGACCCUUGUUCACUGUACCUCAUCAACUUCCUCCUGGACGCCACUGUGGGCAUGCUGCUCAUCUACGUGGGGGUGCGCGCUGUCAGCGUCCUGGUGGAGUGGCAGCAGUGGGAGUCCCUGCGCUUCGGCGAAUAUGGAGACCCUCUGCAGUGUGGAGCCUGGGUCGGGCAGUGCGCCCUUUACAUCGUGAUCAUGAUUUUUGAAAAAUCUGUCGUCUUCAUCGUCCUCCUAAUACUUCAGUGGAAAAAGGUGGCCCUGUUGAAUCCCAUUGAAAACCCAGACUUGAAGCUGGCCAUCGUCAUGCUGAUUGUCCCCUUCUUUGUCAACGCUUUGAUGUUUUGGGUAGUGGACAAUUUCCUCAUGAGAAAGGGGAAAACGAAAGCUAAGCUAGAAGAAAGGGGAGCCAACCAGGACUCGAGGAAUGGGAGCAAGGUCCGCUACCGGAGGGCCGCAUCCCAUGAGGAGUCUGAGUCUGAGAUCCUGAUCUCAGCGGAUGACGAGAUGGAGGAGUCCGACAUGGAGGAGGACCUCCGCAGACUGACCCCCCUCAAGCCUGUGAAGAAAAAGAAGCACCGCUUUGGGCUGCCCGUAUGACACAUUCCCAUGCUGGGGGUGACGGGAGGGCCCUGCCAGCCGCCGGUGUGCAGAGGUCAUCCUGCAGCGUUGUUCCUUCCCUCCUCUGCCCUUCCUUUCUACCUCUGCUCCUCUUGCUGUCUCUGCCCCCUCUCACCUGCCCCAGACUACUACUGUGACUUAAAAAGAGGGAAGAGGAGCCAGUGCCCAAGGGGGCCACCGGUGGCUGGAGGUCCCCAUUCAGUUGCACUACAAACACUGACCAAAUAGGCAAGGAAGGAGUUGUGUUUGUUUGUUGUCCCAGGCAGUGUUGGGAGCUACCCGAGGCCCUGCCCUGUGUCCAACUGGGUGGCAAGGUGGAAGGAAGCACAGGCACACAGGCCAUGGGUGGGUCCCCUCACCGGGGCUGGGGCAGUGCAACUCGGAACGCCUUCAGGCUAAAAGUGACUCAUUGUCCAAGCUGGAACCGGAAUGCUUUCUUACUUGGAAUGGCUUUUGUAACUGUUGAUUUCUGAAGCUGGUUUUAUGAGCUGUGACAGUGUUACUGGGUUGGGGGUAUGUUUAUUUCCUACAAAGUACUUACGGGACUAAUGGGCAAAACAGAGAUUUUUAAGUCUUCCAUAUGCUGUUUGACUUUUAUAUUUUUAAGUUAUAUUUUCAUACUAUUGUAUUUAAAAAGUUUUUAAUUCCCAAAGAAAUGGGUUUGUUUGCCUUUCACGGGGUGUGGGCUGGCAGGAGGAAAAGGUUGGGAGUUUUUUAUUUUAAAUAUAGUUUGGUGAUGCCCUGCAAUAAGAUGAGACAGAUGAUUGGGGAGGGAAGGAGGAUGGCCCUUCUCUGGAAUCAGCAAACCCAGUGGUUCUGUGAAGGUCAGACCCAAGCUUGGCACUGCUGGUCUCGAUGCAGAUCCAGGAGCUGCAGAGUGUGUGAAACAGGAAGGGCGCUGCCCAGGGCCUACGAGCUCUAGUGUUCUGCUGGCAGAUUAGAAGGUCUUGGUUAACCUUGACCAAGAAAGGAGCUUAGCUAAGAGAUCUUUUGUGUCCAGAGGACUCAAGACUAGCAGACUCCUAUGCAGAAGAGGAGUCUCUGCAGAGACUCCCAUCAUGGUUUAAAAUGGUCUCGGCUCUCAGCCCCUGCUGCUGCAGCCUUCAGAGCCAGCCUCUCGACGCAGCGCCAGGAACCUCCUCUUAUGCUGCCCUGGUACCUGUCAUUCCAAGUGUCAUCUGUUUUGCAUAGUGUUCUGGAGAACAUCUGCCUCACAAAGUGACCGUUUUUUCCACGCCCUCCAAAGUUGAGGGGGCUAAGGCAGGUAGGGGUGAGAGAGCUCACUCUGUAAACCACAGGCAGGGCAAGGUGCUUCUAGGCCAUGUCCCCUCCCUGUUGCAUGGCCCCUGCUCCUCAGCAUGGCCACAGGCCCCUGUGGCUUUGAGAGUUUGCUGAGUGAUUGUGAAAUAGACCGACCCCAGCAAUUUCCCUGCUGUGGAUGCAGCAAGGUAGGGGUGCUCCUCAUGGUUUGUCAAGCUCAGAGGCAGCCAGGGAUGGUUAGGAACAGGAAGCCACUGUACUAAGGUGUGAGCUAGAAGGGAGACAGCCUGGAAUUUAAGUGAGACAAGUGCAGAGGAGGCCACUUUACUUAGAACAUUCCUUUUAGACCUGCAUGAAUAUGUGUUUCACUUAAGCACAUUGGGUCCGAAUUGUGGAGAGUGAGCCCAGCUGUUAAACCAGGCACCCGGGGACUACCAGCUCUGCCUCUCAGAGUCCUGCCUGUCCUGGACUUGGAGGUGAGCAUUAGAGAGGCCUUCUCAGCCCAUCUUCCACCAGGAGUGCAGAGCCAGGGUGCUGAGAGGAGCAGGGACUGUAACUGCAGUAGGAGGCAACUUUGCCAGUGUGGGCCUCAUGGCCAGCAGGCCAGGCAGUGCCUGAGAUUGGAGUCCGCCUGAGGUCUGUGUCUUUCCUGUUCAAAAUGGCUCUCUGUGCUCCCUCCCAUACCACAGCUAUGGUAGUCGGCAUUUCCCCACCAGCUCUCUAGUGGGAAAGAGUGGCUGGAACCAGGCCAUUCUGAGUUGAAUUUGAGAAUACCAGGACUCAUGUUCCUGGCAGGACAGUCAUUCCCUCAAGGCAUCACUGACUCAGUUCUAAUCCCUCCCUUCCUGUUUCAUUUUGGUUUGAACAACCUGUGCCUGCAGCUGUUUCUUCCGUCUUCCUAGAGCUCAGAAUCAGAGCUUCAUUUUCAGUCUUGAGCUCCUAAUGUUUCCAAACAGGGCAGGGGAUAGGAGAGCCAUAAUCUGUGAAAGCUGUAAAACAAACUCUGGGUUAUGUAGACCUCAGAUCAUCUCAUCUGAAGGCUCGGCCCAGUUCCCGGUGAGCAGUGGGUUUGGGGAAUAAAGAGGUAGCUGGUGAGUGGUGGUUUUCCCCUGUAUCCUGAUUUUCAGAAAGGGCUUUAGUCUCUGAGCUGCAGCCAGUGUAGAUGGCUGACCAGGGGACAGGGGUCUAAUAGGGUGUCUGACCAAAGGGCGCCUCUUGGUGUGUGGGCCUGGACAGUGUGUCCUCUCAUGUUUGGUCUUCCCCUCCUCGUGUGUGUGUGUACGCACAUGUACAUACAUACAAGUCUGUAUCCCCAGAAGUGCCUCCUGCCAUCAUUGGGGGCUCUUCUGUGGUGCAUCAUCCCACGAGAGCAGAUCAGAGGGCCAUGGUCAGGACUUCCUCCCGAGCUGCCCUCCCUCCCUGGGAUGAGUUUCCUCACCACCUGCUCCAAGGUGCCUUACGAGGUGCAGCUCUUCACCUGGCCACAUGGCAUCCAUCACCGUGCUUGAGAAAUGAUGAGAUGGCUGGAUGUUGUGUGCUACCAAUCCAAUGUGUCCAAAUCUGGACCUCAGCCAAGCCAGCUGUGAUGGAAUCAUGCAAGACAAGGUCAUGAACAAACUUCUUAUAACUAUUGAAAAUAAACUAAUGAGGUAGAACUGCCAUAUCUGAAGGAAAGAGGUGGUUGGUACUGUGAUGUCCUUUUGCUGUCAGAGGGGUGUUGACAAUGGCAAGGGGGGAUAUUGGUGAGCCCAGGUGAUGGUGGCUUCUUGGUCCACUUGACUUGAACACAUGCAAGAGGAGGGUCUGUGGCCUCUCAAGCUUUAACUUGUGCCCUCCCUGGCAACAGGGAGUCAUGGGUUAAUGUCACCUGUCAUGCCUCUUUCUUCAGGGAAAAUAUUAAAAGGCUCAUAUCCAAGCUGUGGCUUCCUCUAGGCAGUGUAAGCCUGGAGGUUAUAGCCCCAAGUUGAUGUUCAAAGGCUGCCUCAGAGCCCUGGAGGGAGCAGCACCCAGCCGCAGCCCACUCUGCCCUCCAGACUGCAGUUCACUGGCCUUUUCACAGCCAGGCUAAGAUAGGCAGUGCUCGGAGCUUCCCGCCGGCCAGAGCAGCUGCCUUGUAGAGUGUGAGGCUGGCUUUUAGAAGUUUCACACGCUUGUAGUUAAGAGUGCAGAGCUGUCUGUUUCACUUUGUGAAAUUGGCAGCUCUGAGGGGCUUGGCUUUUGGUGUGGACUUAUGGUCUGAUUUGCCACAAGCACCUUGAACUCCCAGGUGGAUGAGUUGGUUUGUUGGUUGGGUUGUUUUAAAUUUGAUUUUUCUUUUCCUGAAGUUUGUUGGAAGUCAGACUUAUGCGAGCAAAACCAUGGCCCACUUUAGCUGCCAUCCAGUGGGGGUAUUUAAUCAGUGGUGUUAGAAUUCAUAGAAACAUGUUUUUGAAAUGAAAGGGAAGAUGAUAUACUUACAUUGUAAAAUGGUUUACAAUAAAGUUUGGCAUCUUAUUACAGUUUUUUAAAAAAGAAACCA